AUAUACAGGGCUCAAGACUGCCCUACAUUUCCAUCAUCCAUCACAGAUCACACGCACUAUAUACACAGCAUAGCAAGUUAAGCAGCUAGAGCUAGAUGGCCAUGACGACAACGAAGCUUCAGCAGGUCGUCGUCCUCAGUACGCUGCUUGCUGCUGCGGCGCUGGCGCCGUUAACAGUACACGGCGCCGUGGACAUCAAUCUGGGCGUGCCAUGCCCCAAGCAGUGCGGCAGAGAGGCCAACAACACCGUCUGCGGCGACAACCACUGCUGCAGCGGCGACGGCUUCUGCGGCCUGGGCGGCAACUACUGCGGCUCCGGGUGCCAGAGCGGCGCCUGCUUCACCAACAACCGCUGCAGCGAGACUUCUCCGUGCCCCAACAACCAGUGCUGCAGCGUCUACGGCUACUGCGGCUUCGGACAGGACUACUGCGGCAGCGGCUGCCGGAACGGGCCUUGCCGCGACGACCACUCCUGCGAAGGCGGGAAGCUGUGCCCUAGCAACCUCUGCUGCAGGGGCAAGGACAAGAAGUGCGGCCUCGGCGGGAACUACUGCAGCAUCAAUGGCGACCAGGGCUGCCUCAGCGGCGCCUGCUACGACCAGCGUUGCAGCUCCGCCAAGCCUUGCAGCAACGGCUACUGCUGCAGCGUGCACGGCUACUGUGGAGUAGGCAGGGCUUACUGCGGCGGUGACGGCAGUCUCACUCUCCUCAACGGCCUAGUCUGCGUGCUCUCUUAA